ACCCAGUCCGCUCGAGUCGACCGCCGCCGAGGACCUGUCUCUCCACCGGCGUCUGAGGCUACGCCGGCGGCAUCGCCGGAGCUUCCGGAGGACAUCCUGAUGAUGGUCCUCGCCACACUCGAGAUCCCCGACCUCAUGCGCGCCGGCUGCGUCUGCGCCUCGUGGCGCUCUGCGUACACCGCACUGCGCAGCCUCGACAAGCACAAGCAGGCCCAGACGCCGUGCCUGCUCUACACCUCUGAAUCUGCUGGUGAGCAUGUUGCGUGCCUCUACAGCCUCGUGGAGAAGAGGGUCUACAGGCUGACCCUCCCGGAGCCGCCUCUCCGCCACCGGUUCAUCAUCGGGUCCUCGUUGGGCUUCCUGGUCACCGUCGACGAUAGAUCAGAAAUGCACCUCGUCAAUCCUAUUACUGGCCAGCAGAUUGCUCUCCCUUCAGUGACCACCAUUGAGUACGUGAAGCCCAUCUUUGAUGACACGGGUUCGGUCCACGAGUAUGAAUACCCAAGUCACUCUGCAAGACGGGCUUUCUUCACGCCGUCGAUCAUGCCUCGUUGUGAGCUGCGGGAAUGCUUCCAGUUCAAGGCGUUUGUGUUCCAUGACACAUCGGCAGGAAGCUACAUCGCGGUGCUCAUCCACAGGCCAUACACUCACCUAUCCUUUGCAAGGGUUGGGGAUGACAAGUGGACCUUGCUGGAACCACACUGUGACUACCAGGACUGCACCUACAAGGAUGGGUUGCUGUAUGCAGCGAGUACGACGGGAGAAAUUCAUGCCUUCGAUCUUAGUGGUCCUGAUGUUACAAUGAAGAUUAUCAAGGGGGGAGACGAGGGCUUUGAUCCCGAUGCUGUACACAUUGUUCAGGUUCCAUGGGGUGGUCUGCUGCUUGUUUCAAGAUUAAAGGAGUUUGAUGAUCCUGAUGAAGACGUCGACCCUAAAAUACCAGUUCCGAAUACCAGGGAAAUUAAAUUACACAAAGUUGAUGAUGGUGCUGAGAGGCUUGUGGAAGUUGAUUGCUUGCCUGAGCAUGUGCUGUUUCUUGGGCUUAAUGAUUCACUUUGUCUCAGUGCCAAAGAUUACCCUGCUCUCAAGGGGAAUCAUGCCUACUUUACUGACGAUCAACAGUACAAUCAGGCUCGUAAGAGUAGUCGUCGUGACAUUGGAGUAGUUGGCUUUGGCAAUUAUAAUAGCAAGGAGGACCUUGUGUCUCCUCAGCUUUGGUCCAACUGGCCUUCUCCCGUGUGGAUUACACCCAGUCUUACUCUGAUGAAACUGCCGCCAAAUGACCGUUGGCUCAGUGGACCAUUGUGUGGACUCCCAAAGAUAGAAGAGGGCACCUUGAGGGGUCUCUUUGCCAACCUUGGGAUCCCAAUCAGCAUUGGUCCAACUGGGAUGCUCCAGUGUUUGAAGAAGUAGGUCACCUAGGCGCUCACCUACACGUGCUGGAGGGCGAGCUCGUUGCCUAGGCUCUAAUUAAGCUGUAGAAGACCAUGUGCAGCAGAAUAUGAAAUGGUGGCAUCGAAGGGCUGAUGAUUCAGGAGGCCGCAUGAUGGCAUCAGGCUGUCAAGUUAUGAUCUGUAUCAAGUAUUUUAAGUUUCAUAAACUUGUCUCUUUGUUAUGUGUGGGACUCUGAAACUUUAUUAUGUCUUAUGUGUGAUGUGUGCGUGCUUGUGUUUCUUUUAUGACUUGUGAGAGCGGCCGGAGAAAUAAGAACUUUGUUAAUUGUUA